AUGAUUGCUUCUUCCACCAGGUUAAUAAGGCGGCGAGGGCCUGCCGCCUCUACUAUUCUUCGAUCUUGGCCCUGUCACACCUCAUAUCGAUGCUUGUCUCAAUGGAGGGGCCCUAGACAAUCGCAUUGGAGUCCUGAAAGCACACGGAACCGGCUGGUGACGAGACGGAGUUUACACUCCCCGAAAGUGUCGGAUGAUGAGAUUGCGACACUGGCUCGACAACAUCAACAUCCUCUGUGUCUCGCAGACCUCGUGAGACACGGCCGGCCUCCUCUAUCCUCCAAGUCCCUCCUCUCAUCCGCCAAUUUCGCCCUUUCUCUUCUUCCCGUGCGCCUCGCCCAUCGUAUCCAAGCGCUUCGCAACCUUCCUUACAUUGUCGUUGCGAACCCGAACAUCUCACGUAUAUACAACAACUAUCUCCAUUCUUUAUCAAUACUCCUUCCAUACUGGCACGCGACCCGUGAAGGACGACCAAUCUCGACUCUCGAAGACGAGAUACGCUUCACGAAUGUACUGGCCGAGCUCGUUGCGACACACACCGAUACUAUCCCCAUUCUUGCAAAGGGCUUCCUCGAAUGUCGACGGUAUAUAUCUCCCGAAGAGGUCACAAAAUUCCUCGACCAGCACCUCCGCGCUCGAAUCGGUACGCGCCUCAUUGCGGAGCAGCAUAUUGCACUACAUUUCAGUUCUCAGCCGCACUUUGACCCCAAUGCUAGUCCAACACCGUGCCCUGAUGAUCCCUCGUACAUUGGAGUCAUCGACACAGCUCUUCGCCCUGCACAAAUAGUAGAGUCAUGUGCUGGCUUCGUCGCUGAUAUCUGUGAGCUUCGAUAUGGCGUCCGGCCUCUUCUCUAUAUUCAUGGCGAGCCAGACACCACAUUCGCAUUUGUCCCUAUGCACCUCGAGUACAUAGUUACUGAACUGCUGAAAAAUGCUUUCCGUGCUACAAUUGAGAACAAGUCUAACGAACCUGUAAUCGUCACGAUCGCACCAGAGCCUGCAUUGACUGAAGAACCCUCAACAACAUCUUUGUCAAAUUCAUCGACCAAAGACAGUGAUUUGCCCUCAAAGGACAGCCGAAACGCCACCAAUAACGAUGCGAUAGUCCCUCUAGAUGAUAAUGCUCCUGGAGUGACGAUUCGUAUUCGCGAUCGUGGUGGCGGGAUUCCACCAGAGGUCAGCCCGAAUAUCUGGUCAUACUCAUUCACCACCUUCUCCGACGACAUGGAUGACUUCCCAGGAGAUGGCAAUGGUGGCGACGGUCUCAGUGCGAUAUCAACUGCCAGCACUGGUGGUAGUUCCAUUGCAGGUCUGGGAUACGGACUACCUCUGAGCAGGGCGUACGCCGAGUACUUUGGAGGUGGCAUCGCGGUGCAGAGUCUAUAUGGAUGGGGAACGGAUGUAUACCUACGAUUAAAGGGCGUUGGAAACCUGGGUAAGAAGUAG